AUGGUGACUGUUUUGAAAACAAAAUGCUGUUACGAGUUCCUUUUAUCGAAUGUUUCUAAGAUUAAUACAACGGUGUAUAGCCCUCCGUUCGGAACCUCUCACGAUAUGUUUUGGCAACUCGAGUUCAUACCUUCUUCCGUUGAAGAACCUGACCAUUGUGCUGCCUUCCUUUUUGCAAUUCCUAAUCACGAUGAGGCAAAUUGUUCCGGUGUAUGGUCAAGGAGGAGUGUACUAACUGCAAAAAUAUAUCUAAAAAAUGCAAAAAAUCAAACUUUCCUUAAAAAACAAUCUGUCAAAAUGAAUUCAUUUUCUGCAAAAUUGUCUGGUUGGGGUUGGGAAGCUUUCUAUAAUAAAUCUAAUUUACCUGAGCACGUUCUCUUUGGUGUAGAGUUCGACCGUGCUGAAAUGGGUCUAGUUUCUCAAAAAUGGCCACUUCCAAGCAAUCAACAAUUAAACGAGUCAAUCCCCCAAGACUUGGUGAAAGCAUGGGAAGGCCAAUUAAACAAUCCUGCAACCUCCGAUUGUCAGUUUAAUGUUCAAGGUCAAAUAAUUUAUGCUAAUUCUGCAAUACUUUGCGCGAGGUCUAAAUAUUUUGAACUUGUAUUUCGAGGUCAAUGGCUAGAAUCUGAUAUUACUAAACAAGAAAUUUUACAAUCGCCUACCAAAGAUCAAAAGGAUUCUAUUAAUAAUACUGCCGUUGUUUCACAAAGAUGUAAUCAUGUAAUUGAUGUUACAGACUUUCAUCACCAAACAUUUCUGGAAAUGUUACGCUUCUUAUAUACCAAUAAGGUGACUUUUGUUGAGAAAAAAGAUGAACAAAAUUCACAACUUACUCCAUUGGAUCUUUUCCGGAUUGCUGAUAAAUAUCUUAUCGAUGAUUUACGUCAGCAUGCUAAGUCGGAGAUAUUUAAAGAUUUAAAUGUUAACGAUGCUGCUGAAUUCCUUUUUGGUACUGCUUGGAAGUAUCCUGAAUUGAAAGAGCAAGCAAUGAAAUAUGUAGUUCUUAAUUUCGUUACCAUUAGACAGACAAGUGGCUUCAAAAAUAUUUUGGCUGAUCCUUCAAGUUAUCCUGCAUACACGGAUUUAUUAAAUGAAAUUUUGGCUGAAUUAUUUCCUGCAACUGGAAGUGUGAAUACCGGAAAACCAGCAAAAGAAGAAAACGUUUAA